CUGCUUCCUCACUCAGACUGCCGGUCUCCCUGCAAGGCAACUGGCGGGAGGGAUUCCCCUGCUCGUCGCCUCUCUGUCUUCCCCGUUCAAAACAGCCUCCAAUCAGUCACAACUAGCUCCAUUUUUUUCUUUUCUUUUUCCUUUUUUUUUUUUUUUUUUUUGCUUUUCCUUUUCCACCGGCGCGCCCAAUCUAGCGGCGGCAUGUCCCGGAGCCAAAGUGCGGCGUGCGGUGCGGAGCAGAAACUUUGAAACAUUUCUGACGAGGGGAUUUUAUUUCUACCAGAUCCAGUGCAGUCCGCGGCAAGAAGACUUAAGAGUCGAUUCUAACUGAUGAGGCAGCCUCCAAAUGACGUCGAGAUGGCUUGUGGCACGCUUCUCCCAUCUAUUUCCACGUUUGCCAGCGGACCAACUGACAAGAGCAGAUCCAUAGGAGGUGCUUAUCUGAAAUGGAAGGAGGAGUUGUCCCAUCUUAAGAAACCAAGUGUGCCAGAGAGAAGCAGCUGCUGCGACCCAGACCACCCUACAGCCACCUGCAUAACAAGCACCAGCAUGUCCAAGAAGGAGACUGAGCCAGAUCUGGACUUGGACUAUGAUUUUAUUUUGUCCAAUUCCAUCUUGCAGCAACAACAGCAACAGCAACAGCAGGAGGAAGCCAUGGGGUGCAGCUCUGCCCAGGCCAUGUCAUCUUCCCCGGGUUCCUUCACCUCAUCUUACCAACUUCCUUCUCCUCAAGACACUGCCAGUGAGCUGCUCUACACCAUCCCAGACAUCAGUGACGUUUCGCCCUCUGGAGGCUUUGUGGCAGAACUCAUGAGACCUGAUUUGGACCCAGCAUACCUCCACCUUCCUAGCCUCCAUGGCAAGUUUGUAGUCAAGACAACAAUGGACAUGGGAGAGUAUAGCCAAAGCAUGACUGUAGGCAAGGCCUGCGUCGGCCCGGCAUCGGACUCUGCUCCGUCGCGGGUCUCGCCGUCCUUCGUGUGCAGCCGGAUAAAGCAGGAGAACCCCAGUAACUGCACCAUUUCACAGCCCAUAGACCUGCACUUGGCAGGGGUGAACUCUCAUGGCCGGGCAGGCCAGCAACAGCGCCCCAGCAACUUGGAUCUUCAUGCAUUUCCAGGGAAUGGGAGGACCAUGACCAGCACUAGAUUAUCUUCAUCCUCUUCCCUUUCUCCAGACAAUCCUCUUGGUCGGGAGCACCAGUUGGGCCACCCUCUCUCUCAGAUCCCGCUACCUCCGCAGGGGUACCACCAUGGUACCUCUCAGGGCUACACCUCCUACCCUCAGGGCUCAUCCAUGCAGUACCCAGAGGGUCUCAUGAUCUCCAGCGGGGACUGCUUGCCCGAGGAGCCGAAGCCCAAACGCGGUAGGCGCUCCUGGCCCAGGAAGAGGGUGGCGACGCACACGUGUGACUACGUUGGCUGUGGCAAAACGUACACAAAGAGCUCCCACCUGAAAGCACACCACCGCACACACACAGGGGAGAAGCCUUACCACUGCGACUGGGAGGGCUGCGGCUGGAAGUUUGCACGUUCCGAUGAGCUCACUCGCCACUACAGGAAACACACGGGUCAUCGGCCUUUCCAGUGCCAGAAAUGCGACCGGGCCUUCUCCAGGUCGGACCACCUUGCUCUCCACAUGAAGAGACACCUAUGAGACGCAGACAAGACGACAAAAGCUGAAGGCCACAGUAUAUAUAUAUCUGUCUGCAGAACACUUUUUUUUUUUUUUUUUACCAAAACUUGCCUUCAAGCUGACGUCGAGCAGCAAGACACGCUGUGGUGUUCAUGGCACAAAGAAAAAGAAAGCAUUACUCCUUUAAGAGCCCCUCUCACAUUGUGCAGGUGACUCGACGAGGCCUCUCAGCCAGGGUUGUAAAACCUUAUUAAAACAAACAGAAAAAAAGGGACCAAACUGGAAUUUGUCUUAUUUAACCGACAAAACUUGGUGGACCAGGUGCCAGAGGAUUUUAACUGGAAAAUUCAGGGAAACCAGGAGCAACAGACAAAGCAUCUCCAGAGGCCUUCUAGCAGCGAGUAACACACCAUCGCAGACUUUACUCCUAAUACACACUGUUAAAACAAACUGUAUUAAUAAACACAGCGAUAUUUAUCAUCCCAUUUCACCUGCAAAGCCAUUUAUUUUCAGGUACAAUGUUAAUUUAUACAGAAUGGUGCUGAGUAACAGAGAAGGUUUCUUUUAGAAAAAAAAGGUACCAAAGAUGAUGGAAAAUAGAUAUAAAGAAAAAGGGUGAAGCAAUGAAAAUAAAAGUGCCAUUUAGUUGUUUGUGUUUUCUUCCAUAAAGUAUGACUUCAGGUGAACACUUUCUAAACAGCGAUGGCAAUCUACAACGCACUGCAGCUGCAAAGUGCAAUAAUUUAUAUGAAACAUUCGUAUUUUUGUAUUGAAUGAGUAACUCUGAACAAAGAUUUUGUUUUUGUUUAUAGCCAAAAUAUGUAAUAUAAUGUUAAACUUUGUACAUUUGUACAUAAAAAUGUUUUGUUAUUGUUUUGUAUUUUACAGUAUAAUGAAAUAAAAAUGUAUUUGAACUAAGAAAAUCAAGGUGGCAUUUAUACUCUUAGCUAAUUCAAACUCAUGACGAGAAGCAUGUGGUUACUGAACAUUUUGCGAAACUGUAACAGAGCAGCACAUUUAUGUUUGAAAUGGCAGCGGUGACUCACAGUCGCGUCCUACACAAUAUAAUCGUCCCAUAUGAAGAGGCAAACCAGUACAAUGUGGCCAUAAAAAAAGUUUUCCCGUUUCCGUGUGGUUUUUUCUUUCCACCUGUCAGAGGAAAGAAAAGAAAACGGGACAUUCAAGGAUGACGCCAGAUCUGAUUGCUGCUCUCUGUUGAGACAAUAUGAAUAAAAACACAAAGUGAAGCUAGAA